UCCUCCGCCCUCCCAAAAGCCGCCCCCUUCCCAAAGAAAAAGCACCACAACGCGCCGCCGCCUUCUCCGAUCUCUUCCCCCUCCGAUCCCCACAGGAGCCGUCGCGGCCGAGGAAGAAGCAGCAGCAGAUCCAUGGCGGCGCUGGGAUCGAAGCUGGCGCAGCUGCAGGGCAAGGCCUGCGAGGCGACCAGGUUCGUGGCCAAGCACGGCUGCGCCUACUCCAAGAACCUCCUCGAGAAGAACAAGCAGUACGUCGUCGAGCCCCCCACCGUCGAGAAGUGCCAGGAGCUCUCCAAGCAGCUCUUCUACACCCGGCUCGCCAGCCUUCCUGGCCGCUACGAAUCAUUCUGGAAGGAGACGAGCCAAGUGAAGCAGCUGUGGAAGAACAGGAAUGACCUGAACGUGGAGCACGCGGGCAUCGCCGCGCUGUUUGGCCUCGAGUUGUACGGGUGGUUCUGCCUUGGUGAGAUCGCCGGCCGGGGAUUCACCUUCACGGGCUACCAAGUCUGAGCGCCUGGAUUUCAGUCCACGUUCGUCGACUAAGAGUUGGAGACUGUUAGCCAAUCGGUUUUUUUGUGAUCUGAUGAGGAAGUUCAUUGUUCAGGAGUAUUAUUCUUGCUGCUGGUGAAUUACAUAUACAUCUCAGUAAAUUCGAUGAUGUGGCACAAUAAUUUGUCGAAAUACUUAGUUAAAAGACCUUGAUGGGAUGACAUAAUCUGCGAAUUGCGAUGCCAUGAUUGCCUGUUUUAUGUA